CAAUGCAAGAACAGGCUUUUGCAGAGAGAUUUUUUUUUUGAGAUAAAUUCAAAGGGCGAGGGCGUGAACUCGCCUGAGAGGAAGGGGAAAGAAGGAAUAGCCGACGACUUUCUCGUGCUCUAAUCGUCUUCCAUCGAGCAGAUCUCUACCUAGAAGAAAUGACGACAUCAAGGCGUCUUGCAGAUAGGAAGGUGGGGAAGUUUGAGAAGAACAUUACAAAGAGAGGAGCUGUGCCUGAGACUAGCGUUAAGAAGGGAAAGGACUACCCUGUUGGCCCUGUUCUGCUUGGAUUCUUCAUAUUUGUUGUCAUUGGAUCAUCUCUGUUUCAGAUAAUCAGGACAGCUACAAGCGGAGGAGUGGCUUAAUUUUAGCCUUGGGUUAUCAGAGAUGGCCUCAAUAUCAUCCUGUUGUUGACAUUGAGUCUAUAAUUUGUAAUUUGUUUUGUUUGUUGUUAGCCUGUAGGAAAAAUUAAAUAUAAAUUUACCAGACCAGUGGUUUCUUAAUGUUCUUAAAAGAGAGUAUGAAUAAAAGGACCCCUUCCUAUUGAUGCUACAA